CGAGAAUGAGUUCACAGUUUUGAUAAACAUUUCAACAAUUGAAGCGUUUUAUGGCAAAUGAAUGCAAAGUCACGUCACGUGACUCGCAGUGAGUGUUGUGCUCGAGAUGUGGUCGAGAAGCGCUCUCAACGACUCUUUGUCCGCCAUUUCAGAACAAAUCGGCGGAAAAUUUGCGACAAUUUCUCAAAAUGUGAACAAAAGUCUGCUUUCGGGUUCGGAAGAUUUGGACCGAAAAGAGACCACAAGAAGACAUCUGGAGGCGGAAGUGCUUCUGCUGAGACGCGAGCUCUCUCUUCGGGACGCACCAGAGUUGUCUGAAGUGGUUUUGGACGACACUCGCGACGACAGCGACGCUCGAGACGACAGUUUGGACGCAAUCAGUCGUGAGGCGCGACGUCUCGUCUCUUUGGACGCCGAGUUGGAGAAGACGUCUCGCGAUAGAGACCAUUGGCAGCGAUUGUUGGAAAUCGAGAACGAAAGGCAUUUGGAGUUGACGUCGAGUCUCGAGAAAAUCAUUCAAAUUAAAGACUCAUUGAAAGAAAGAAACUCAGAAUUGGAGAAAAGAGUGAAAGAAUUCGAAGAAAAAGCGGAAGAAAAGGCGGAACCACUCGUGACGUCAUCGCUGGUGCGCGAAGAACCCGAAGGCCAGUCGCGCGAAGUGCAGGAAUGGGAGCGAGAGAAAAGCGUGAAAAACGAAGAGAACUUGAAACUAAAGGAAGAGUUGUUUCGUUUGAGAAAACAUUUGGUUUCAAUUGAGGAGAACUUUACGCAAGAAGUGGUCGCGAGCGCAGAGAAAGAGCGCGAAAUCCGAACCAGAAAUGAAUGCCUCGAACAGCAGUUGCGGGAAAUGCGCGAAAAGGACAGCGCGUUCGACAACACUCUCCGGAGCGCGCGCACGGAGCGGGACAUCGCGCGCAACGAGUGCUCGCGUCUGGAGGACCGCGUGCAACAAUGCGCGGCGUCGGUGGCGAACCUCCAACUCGUGAUCGAACAGAUCCAGCGCGAGAACGAACGCAACAACAGCGACGCCGAGCGCAGACACGGCGUGGAGUUAUUGGUGGAGCGGAAGCGCGUGGACGACGCGUUGGAAGCGCUGCGGAGGGCGGAGGCGCGCGAGGCGGAGGCGAGGGAGGCGUUGGGCGCGGCCGCGCGCUUGACCACGUUGUUGGACGAGAACGAGCGGAAGAACGAGACGCUGAAGCAAUUUGGUAACUUUCUUGUUGUGCGCAUGACUAGUGAUUGUUGGGCGACUUGUGGUUUAAUCUCAUUUGGUAACUCUGGGCAAUUGUUGUCUCGAGACUCCAGAGUGUCAUUUGGGAUUCGAACCAAAACGCGCCGAAACCGCAAAGACUGUUGUAUUGUUGUCUCGGGAGUGAGUAUUACAUCAGGUACUGGUCUUGAGUUCGAAUCCACGCAACAAAAGGAAACGAGAAUCGCGAGUCUCGAGAAGAGCGUCGACGCGUGGAAAGUGUCCAGCGAAGGCAAAGUGGACAAACAAGUGGUCAAAUCCCUGCUCUGCGGCUACUUCUGCGCCAAAGACGAGCAGAAGCCGGAAGUGCAGCGCUUGUUGGCGCGCGUUCUCGACUUCAACCAACAGGAGAUGGACAGAUGCGGCAUUCACAUCGGCCGCGCGCGUCCCAGCGAAACUUCCGAUUCUUUGUCCCAAAAAUUCGUUCAAUUCCUGGAAAAAGAAUCCCAAAAACCAAAGACUGAAAAGAAUGCGGAAAUCGCGAGAAAUCUGUCCAAAACUCUGAUCCAGAGUUCGCAACGAAACCCAUUCCUGACGCAAACCCAGACGCCGUCUGUCGGCCUUUCCUCGCAAUCGCAGUCCGCCAUCGGUUCGCGUCACUCGUCCGCCAACUCCUCCACAGACAACCUAUUGUUGGCGCCCGCAGUGACGCCGCUUCUCAUCGUCUCCACGAAUACUCAUUUGAAUCCUCAAUAA